AUGUCCUUUUCUUCUUUUGCCUCCAUAAGUUCCGCGAACAUCUCAUAAGAGGGCUCGGUGUGAAAGGGGACGCAGUGAACUUCCCACCACCGGAGGUUGAUAAAGGCGAGAGAUCAGUUCUGCUAACUACGGGACCUUUACUCGGCGUGAGGAUGCUGUCUUUUGCGCUCCCUAUACUCGGGAUGCUGCUUCUGCGGCUCUCCUGCACUUCUGCGGCGACAUCAGAAUACGAAGUGAGAACGACAUCGCGAGGGAAGUCUGCCCUGUUCAACUUACCCCGAAUCGAUCAGGUACUCUUCGGGUACCGGAAAAACGCCUCUACGGCCAGCUAUCGCCUCAACCUCUUCACCGACGGCAUCCGCGUCUAUUAUGGCUCGGGAAAUAUGACCCUCCUAGGCCAGGAAUGGAGGAUUUUCUGGAUCACGCGGAAGGAGAUAGUCGGUCCCACCCUCCACACUUCCGUCCCUAAAAUGCACCGCAUCCUCCGAGGGAGAAGUUUGCAGAUCUCCAGCAAAGAGAAGAUAGAAUGGCAGAUGUUUACUCUACCACUGAAGCAAAAUGACUCUCUAAGGACAACCUCUGGAUGGGACGAAGAGACGUUCGAUCUCCCCGAGAGCGAGACGGUCUUCCUGGGUCUGAGGAAGACGGAACAUGAGGUCUCGGAAUUCCAUCUGCAUUACUUCGACGACCUGAAUUCCGUAGGUCAGAAUUUCUCGGCAUUACCUUGGGAUGGGUGGACCUUCAUCCGAAUAUCUAGAUACGUCAUUUAUCCUCAGGUUGCCUCCGGCCAUCUUGAGAUUCGAAAUCCAAGCCGCACCCUGCAAGGGAGAAGAAUUGUCGUUUCGAGCAGAGAUCACGUACAGUGGCAGAUGUUCGCUUUUCCCAUUCAGUACGGUGAUUCCUCCGAAUACAAGAAACUCGACUCGCUGAACGAAGCUGAGGAUUCCCAAGGAGACAUCUGCGCUGAGAAGGAGUAUACUCCUUCCGCCAUUGCUAUCAUGGCCAUACUGUGUGGAAUCCUACUGGUCAUCGCCAUGAUCCUCAGGGGAUACAUAGGAUACCUCAAAAGACACAGGAGUGUAAAAAAUAAGGACUUCAAGGGAAAGGAGAGACACCACAGAUAGAAAAGCCCUAUCAAUCAACAACAGAUUUCUGCUCAUUUGAUGAGCCAUCCACUUAGCGAAACUUUUAUCAGUGGCAUUUCACCAUGGUUUCUUUCUUUGGUCGAUAAUGGCCGGAGGGACACAGCAUAUUGAACAAAUAGCCUCACCCAAUGAAAAUUGUGAAGUUUAGCUCAUUUAUCGAAUGACACGUUAAACAUUUGGAGGCAGUUUAAUGUCAAUUGACUUUUCCAGCCUUGUCAAAAAUAAAAUUUCGACU